CUGCAGCUCGCAAGAUAGCUUGAUAAUUAGAUCGAGUGCUAUCAAACGUUAGCUAGUUAUUUAGAAAGAAUUCUGGAAAGCCCAGCUGAGCUAGCUAAGUUGCUGAUGUAUGUGUAUAUCUAGUAUAGUAUACCUGUAAGGAACACAAGUUUAUUAAAAUAAUGUUGCUCGGCAAAUUAGCCUGUGUACUGACACGUAGGGCAUGUACCUCAAGAGGGGUAGUAACUGUCCGUCGCUAUUGCUGUCACAAGUCUCCAAAGAAGCUAAGGGUCACUGAGGCACUUUCGAGUCAGGAAAUUGGAGCAAACAUUAAAAUACAGGGCUGGGUCCGCUCCACACGAUCUCAGAAGGAGCUUCUAUUCCUGCACGUGAACGAUGGCAGCUCCCUGCAGAGUCUCCAGGUGGUGGCCAGUUCAGAGCUGAACGUCAGGGGCCUCACGUAUGGAAGUGCUGUUGAAAUAUCAGGAGACCUUGUGAAAAGUCCUCAUAAGAAGCAGAAUGUGGAGCUGCAGGCGACGCACAUUCAGGUUGUGGGUGAAUGUAAUCCUGUGGAUUUUCCAUUCAAAAUCAAGGAAAGACACGGACUUGAAUACAUCAGGCAGUUUCCUCAUCUGCGAUGCAGAACGAACGCGUUCAGCUCGCUGUUGAGAAUACGAAGUGAGGCCACUUCAGCCAUCCAGUCUUUCUUCAAGGAGAAUGACUUUGUCCAUAUCCACACACCAGUGAUCACCUCCAAUGACUGUGAGGGAGCUGGGGAGCUCUUCCAGGUCGAACCUGCAGGCAGAGAGGAGAGCCCAGAUGAAGAGAACACAGGUUUCUUUGAUGUUCCUGCCUUCCUGACUGUCUCAGGGCAGCUUCAUCUCGAGGUGAUGGCAGGGGCCUUUCCUAGGGUCUACACCUUUGGCCCCACUUUCCGAGCAGAGAAUUCCCAGAGCAGACGGCACUUGGCAGAGUUUUACAUGGUGGAGGCUGAGAUCUCCUUCACACAGUCACUGGAGGACCUCAUGGCGGUCAUGGAGAACCUCUUUAAGUCUGCUACAGAAUGUGUUCUUGCCCGAUGUCCGGAAGAUGUGGAGUUAUUUCACAAGUAUGUCGCACCUGGAACCAGGCAAAGUCUGGACGUUAUGUUGAAGAACAGAUUCAAAGUGAUUACCUACACUGAGGCCAUCGAUAUUUUAAACCGCAGUUCACAGAACUUUGCUUUCAAAACAGAGUGGGGCUGUGAUCUGCAGACAGAACACGAGAAGUACCUGGUGAAGCACUGUGGCAACAUACCACUGUUUGUCAUUAACUACCCUUAUGACCUGAAGCCUUUCUAUGCGAGGGACAAUGAAGACCGACUGCGUCACACGGCGGCUGCAGUGGACCUGCUGGUGCCGGGGGUCGGGGAGCUGUGUGGGGGCACCCUUAGAGAAGAGAGGCUGGAGCUGCUGCGAGCACGUCUGGCACAUGCUGGAUUGGAGGAUGCCUACCAAUGGUAUUUGGAGUUGAGAAAGUUUGGCUCUGUUCCUCACGGUGGCUUUGGAAUGGGAUUCGAACGCUACCUGCAGUGCAUUUUGGGAGUUGAGAAUAUUAAAGAUGUGAUUCCAUUUCCUCGGUUUUCCCACUCCUGCGUUCUCUAAACCAGACACAUGCAUGCUAUCUUACUUUUACAUAUUAAAUGUAAAACAGU